AUGGAGCAAAAGCAGGAUCCAGAAGAACACCCUUACACCAAACGGCACGACUCUUCGCAUCAAUUCACAUGUACUUCCAAGGAGGUGAACAACUACGGUCGCCACUUUCCUCACACGAGAGGGGCUCAACUACAAUUUGCUGUGGAAAAUCCCCCACUCGAGACGUGUCCUCCUGGUAGCGAGGAGUUGGUGUUCACGAUUACCAAGACGAUCCUGGGUCCCAAGGACUGGCCUUACGAAGAGGACUACGAAGAGGACUACUCUUAUGCAGACCUUCCCAGUCUUCAACGCCGAAAUCCCUAUCUUCCCCUCGACGAUGAUGAGUAUAAUGGGCCCAUCGCAGUUGCCGGCAGCGUCCAGCUUCCGGGCGAGGAAACGCCCCAAGAAUAUAUCGCCGAGAUCUAUGACAGCGCGUACUAUCCAGUCAGUUGGGAUAUGGAGUGCCGAAAAGCGGAUGAUGGUAUAGAACCGGACUGCGUGAUAGACGCAUACAACGAGCUCUGGUGGUGGUGUCAAAUCGACCAUCGUGAACUUCAGCCCCACGGCGUUCCUAUCAAAAGGACGGCACUGCCGUUGUAA